GGGUGGGCAGGGCUGUGGUGGGAUUAAGCACAAGGAGCCCUCAGAGCCCAGAUAAACUGCAGCCACUUCAGACUUGGGGACCAGGGAAGACAUCCCAGGGUGAGUGCCCUCUUAAGCAGAGGCCCAAGAAGGAGUUAGCCAGGUGAGGACUGUGGGGCAGAGGGCGGCAGGGCAUAUUCCAGGCAGACGGAGCUGCACAGGUGGAGGCCCAGAGGUGAAAGAGAGGACGGCUGCUUCUGCAAUCGAAAGCAGUAAAGAAAAGGAGGAUUUGGGACUAACGGGCCCUCCCAGUGGACAUGCUGGCUGAGGCCCUAAACAGGCCCAUGCGUGUUUCCUAAUCCACAGCACCUCCAGAGAAGGCCUCACAGGUCCCCACGGUAGUCAGUAAACCCAUGGCCCUAAGGCCAGGCACCGUGGAUGGGCACUCCCCGCCCUGGCUAGGCCAGACUCGGCCCCAGCUACAGAAGCACGCAUGUGCCCGUGGUGUGCGCCUGGGGCAUGUCUGGCUGGGUCCCUUCUUCCUCCCCUCAGCGGACCCAUGGCCUGCCCCACAGGGAGUGGUCUCAAGGCCAGGACCCCCGUCAGCAGCACCCUGGUUUGGGAGAGGACGAGAGAGCUGGUGGGGAGCAGAGACGGGGGCUUGGGCCUGUCUCACUGAAGACACUUUUCAAAAUGUUACUCCUAACUCGGCCACCAUGAGCCCAAGGACAAGAGAAGACCCAGCCGUCCUGCCCAGCCCCACAUCAGAGACAGUGCUCACUGUGGCCGCAUUUGGUGUCAUCAGCUUCAUUGCCAUCCUGGUGGUCGUGGUGAUCGUCCUAGUCAGUGUGGUCAGUCUAAGGUUUAAGUGUCGGAAGAACAAGGAGUCUGAAGAUCCCCAGAAACCUGGGAGUUCAGGGGUAUCUGAAAGCUGCUCCACAGCCAAUGGAGAGAAAGACAGCAUCACUCUCAUCUCCAUGAAGAAUAUCAACAUGAACAACAGCAAAGGAUGCCCCACAGCAGAGAAGGUUCUUUAAAAGCAACCUUGGUUCCUCAUGGGUCUGAGGAUGAUGCAGCUGCCCUGUGACUAUAAGGAGGAACUGGAUGGCAUUGGUAGAAGCAAUGAACCACAUAUAAAUUAUUUAUACUGUUUCACAUCUACUCCCAGAUCUAAAGGAUAUGAGCCUUCCUCCAGAUCUGGGAGCAGGCUACCAGUCUGACAGACUCUUUCCACGACCUGCUCUUCCCACCUUCUCAAGAUCACAGGAAGGAGGAAUCUAUAGAGCAAAAGCAAGGAAAGUGACAGAGUGGAUUGGUCCUUUCUACUUGGCAUUAAAAUUAUUUUCUGG